AUGCAUAUAUCAACCCUCCUGGUAGCUGCCCUGCUGCCUCUUGCACUCAGCAAGCCCACGCCUAGAAAGAAGACCGGCAGCUUCAAGGUACAUCUUGCGCGACGGGGAGAAACAGAGUACUCUCGCGAUGGACCAACAGACCUGCAGAGAGCGUACGCCAAAUAUGGCAUCCCGACGACGCAUGAGAUGGAGGGCUACCAGCCACAGCCCAUCAGCAAGUUCCCUGGCAACUCGAAGGCUACUGCAGGCAGCGGCAAGGAGGGCGUCGAGAGUCAAGGCGAGAAAGGCGAGGUCGUGAACAAUCCUACGAACCAUGAUAUUCAGUUUCUCUCCCCAGUGACCAUUGGAGGACAGCCAUUUAUCAUGAACUUUGAUACUGGCUCGUCAGACACAUGGGUGAUGAACACGCAAAUGACCGAUGAAGAGGCAAAGAAGAACCACCAUCUAUAUGACCCGUCCAAGUCCAAGACAGCAUCCAAGCUGAUCGACCAGACCUUUGACAUCAAGUACGGCGACAAAACCCACGCUUCGGGCCCGGUCUACUCGGAUGUGAUGGACAUUGGCGGCGCCACAGUCCUCAACCAAGCCAUCGGGCUGCCCAGCAAAGUUGCAGCCUCACUUGCAGAGGACAAGACCUCCGACGGCCUCGUCGGUCUGGCCAUGACCAAGCUCAACACCAUCCGCCCCGUCAAGCAGAAGACUUUCUUCGAGAACUUGGCCGAGGAUUUGGACGAGCCUGUCUUCACCGCCCAGCUUCGACAUGGCAAGAUGGGCUCAUACGAGUUUGGUGCUAUCGACAAAUCCAAGUACCACGGCGAUCUGAUCAAGGUGCCCGUUAUCAACGAAAAUGGCUUCUGGGAGAUCCCGUGCAGCUUAUACUCGGUGGGCCAGCUGGAUAAGAUCCAGACGAUUCAGAACGGGACCGGCACAGCGAUCCUGGAUACGGGUACCACGCUGCUUGUCCUGGACCAGGAGAUUGUUAAGGCGUACUAUGCACAGGUACCCGGAGCGCGGUACGAUCCCACUCGGUUUGCGGGAUGGGUAUAUCCAUGCAACUCGCCCAUGCCCUCUCUCUUCCUUGCAGUGGGAAAAGACCAUAUGGCUAUUAUCCCGAGCUCGCUGCUCACUUUCCAGAGCUACGGCCCUGGUCCUGACGGCGUUGAGACAUGCUAUGGCGGCCUGCAGUCCAACAACGCCGGCGGCAUCCAGAUCUUGGGAGACGUCUUCUUCAAGGCUCUCUUCGUCGUCUUCGACCAGCGAGGUCCCUCCAUCUCUCUCGCUCCGCAUGCCUGA